AGUCGUACCACAGGUGAGGCUCGGUUCAAUAAAGACAGGCCGAAUAAUUCCUCAACCUGAUAUUUGUUUCCAUAAUUUUUCGGCUGUGACAAUCAGCAAAAAAUUGUUUUUUUCAGAUCUCGAGAGACAUAAACAUACGACAAAUGGCAUUGAGCUACACAAGAUUGUUCUGUCAAAGGGGUCUUAAUGUCGGACAGCUCAAGGGGAUUCUCGGGCCCAGCAGUUCCGUGGGUAUGCCAUCGACAUUGAGCAGGUGUGCAGCUGUUCAGGCUUGUGAGUCGUAUGUCGAGAAGAAUAAACGAUUGAAGAGGCCAAUGUCACCGCAUUUGACUAUUUACAAACCACAAUUGACAUCAAUGCUGUCAAUCACACAUCGAGGCACUGGAAUGGCACUUGCUUUCUAUGCAACUGGGGCUGGUGCAGCCAGUCUGUUCUUGCCUGGAGGUGUGAAUUGUGUCAUCGAUUCAAUAGCUGCCAUGAGCCUGGCGAGUCCUAUUCUAUUCCUUCUCAAAUUUGCGGUAGCCUGGCCAGCAACUUACCACUACUUGAACGGAAUUCGUCACUUGGGAUGGGACAUGGGACAGUUCCUCACGAUCAAGCAGGUCUACAGCACCGGUUGGACUGUCCUCGGGCUAUCAGUAAUUUCAGCCUUCAUUCUAUCUGCCAUGUUUUGAAGUUAAAAUCCUAGGUGACAGUUUCACCGAAAUAUUCAUUGUAUUAUAUCUGUCUUUGAAAUAAAAUUAUUGAGUAAUUUAUUAGAG